AAACCACCCUGUGUCAAUCCCCUCUUGAAGUACCUCUGCCCGCUGAUUGGCUGAUGGAAUCGUGGCCUCACCGACGCGCCAUCUAUAUAAGGAUUGAAGGAGCUUCGAGAGGCAUCAGUCACUCGACACACUUGUAAGAACUCUCAUCCCAUCACACGAAAGAUCAUCAAGAUGGCCGGCAUCACCACCCGCUCCGUGGCCCGUCUCCUCACUUCCAUCAGAACCACUCCGACGCUCCGCGGCUCCACCUCCUCCACCAGGACCAUCGCCAACUUCAAGGGCCUGCAGAGCCUCGCCCAGCCGGAGAGGAUUCCGUCCGAGGCCACGGAGGAAGAUCCCUUCAUGAGCAAGCACCUCGACGCACUCUCCGCCUGGCACGAGGAGGCCGAUAUUAUGCGGGACUCGCGCAUCCUCCCCGACGGCGAGGACAUGCAGGUGAACUUCAGCGAACAGGUGGUGGAGCUUCUGGAGGAUUUGGUGGACAGUGGGGUCUUGGACCCUCGCACUGGGUGGUUGGGGAAGGAUAAUGCUUAAGAAACCUUCCAUGAGCUUUUCUCAGCAUCUUCCUGACUUGCUCCGUCCCGUCGCGGUUCAUCCCGAAAUAUCUCGGCUCACUUCACUGCAUACUAGCAACUUCGCUUCUUCAUCUCAAUUUUUACUCGUUGUCAAUGUUUCUGUCUGUCCUGUUCCGUCCUGACUAAACUGAUUUUUAUCAAUGUUUGCUUAUUUUAAUAUUAAACUGACAAGGGAGCUUGUAAGCUCCGGCUAGGAAAGACACAUGAAUGAAUGUACUUGUACUCGUUCGACGAACAUGAAUAAUGACAACACUGGCGCAAAGAAUGUAUUUUGCGCCAGCGAAGAAUAUGUAUAUUAUUGGACGCUGAUACAAGAAGAAAGAAUAAAAUUACUGAUCAUAUUAAA